AUGAGUGGACCAAAUCCAGUUAACGAAUUACGCAAUAUGGUGAAGGCAAAUCGUGGCCCGGCCAAAAUAUAUAUAUCAUUCUUUGCUAUUAUAUUUUUCCUCUACAUCCUUUGCUCAGAUGGAGAUUUCUCAUUUCUCCUAACACUUUCGUCACUUAUUGGUUCUCUCAGUUUUCUUAUGGUCUCAUUUUGUGUGUUUUCUGCCAAAUCUGUAUCUGGAAUCUCCCUGAACAUGAUCUUAUGCUACGUUUUUAUCUUCCUUUUCCGUCUUUUUUCAAUCAUUCCAUAUCAAGGUUAUUUACCUUAUGACAGAUCUGGGGAUUGGCUUUACCAACUUUCAGAAAUUUCAUGCUUUGUCAUGAGUAUCUAUAUUGGCUAUUCAUGUAUUGUGAGCUAUAGAUCAACAUAUGAAGAGGAUGAUGAUACGCUGAAAUGUCAAUACAUACUUAUUCCAUCAUUUAUUCUAGCCUGCAUUUUACAUUCAUCUCUAAAUAAUGCAUUUUUAUCAGAUAUAUCGUGGGCUUUUGCACUUUAUGCUGAGGCUUUAUGUGUUUUACCUCAGCUGAUAAUGUUUCAAAACGGGAAAGGGAAAGUUACUCCAUUUCAGGCGCAUUUCUUAGCAGCUCAAGCCUUAUCUCGCACAUUUUCAUUCAUUUUCUGGAUUUCUACAUACAAAGAACUAAAUACCAAAGGGAAUUUGCUUAAGCCAUUCGUCGGCUGGUGGGUCGUGCUAAUGGAAUUCUUGCAAAUUGCCAUCAUGGGUGAUUUUGUAUACAGUUAUAUUAAGUGUUUGGAGAAGGGGGUACCCGUGCAAUUUAUGUUAUCGGAGAAUGUAUAA